CGCCCCGUGACGUCAGCAGGGCUCGGGAAAGGAGUCGGAACCAGCUCAGGCUCAAGUUAAGUCUUCCUCAAGAGAGGUGACCCUGGUUUCUGUGGUGACCCGGUUUCUGCUGUAGACAGGGCCCACCCGGCAAUCCAGGAGGACCUAUGGUGUGGCGGAGCCCGUUCGGGCGGCAGCGGAGGCGGAGGCGGCCCGGCUUGAGGGGCGCUCGUUGUGCCAGGGCCAUGGCCCCGCGGCUGCAGCUGGAGAAGGCGGCCUGGCGCUGGGCGGAGACGGUGCGGCCCGAGGAGGUGUCGCAGGAGCACAUCGAGACCGCCUACCGAAUCUGGCUGGAGCCCUGCAUCCGCGGCGUGUGCAGAAGAAACUGCAAAGGAAAUCCAAAUUGCUUGGUUGGCAUUGGUGAGCAUAUUUGGUUAGGAGAAAUAGACGAAAAUAGUUUUCAUAACAUCGAUGAUCCCAAUUGUGAGAGAAGAAAAAAGAACUCGUUCGUGGGCCUGACGAACCUGGGAGCCACUUGUUACGUCAACACAUUUCUUCAAGUGUGGUUUUUAAACUUGGAGCUGCGGCAGGCGUUGUACUUGUGUCCGAGCACCUGUAGUGACUACAUAAUGGGAGAUGGUGUCCAAGAAGAGAAAGAUUAUGAGCCUCAGACAAUUUGUGAGCAUUUGCAAUACUUGUUUGCUUUAUUGCAAAACAGUAAUAGACGAUACAUUGAUCCAUCUGGAUUUGUUAAAGCCUUAGGGUUGGACACUGGGCAACAGCAGGAUGCCCAAGAAUUCUCAAAGCUUUUUAUGUCCUUAUUGGAAGAUACUUUGUCUAAACAAAAGAAUCCAGAUGUGCGGAACAUCGUGCAGCAGCAGUUCUGUGGGGAAUAUGCUUAUGUAACUGUUUGCAAUCAGUGUGGCAGAGAGUCAAAGCUUUUAUCAAAGUUCUAUGAACUGGAGUUAAAUAUCCAAGGCCACAAACAGUUAACAGAUUGUAUCUCAGAGUUUUUAAAGGAAGAAAAAUUAGAAGGAGACAACCGAUACUUUUGUGAAAAUUGUCAAAGCAAACAGAAUGCCACGAGGAAGAUCCGGCUUCUUAGCCUUCCCUGCACUCUGAACUUGCAGCUGAUGCGCUUUGUCUUUGACAGGCAAACUGGACAUAAAAAAAAGCUGAAUACCUACAUUGGCUUCUCAGAAAUUUUGGAUAUGGAGCCUUAUGUGGAACAUAAAGGUGGGUCUUACGCCUAUGAACUCAGUGCAGUCCUCAUACACAGAGGAGUGAGUGCUUAUUCCGGCCACUACAUCGCCCAUGUGAAAGAUCCACAGUCUGGGGAAUGGUAUAAAUUUAAUGAUGAAGAUAUUGAAAAGAUGGAGGGGAAGAAAUUACAACUAGGGAUUGAGGAAGAUCUAGCAGAACCUUCUAAGUCCCAGACCCGAAAACCAAAGUGUGGCAAAGGAACGCAUUGCUCUCGAAAUGCAUACAUGUUGGUUUAUCGACUGCAGACACAAGAAAAGCCCAACACGAUGGUUGAAGUUCCAGCCUUUCUUCAAGAGCUGGUAGAUCGGGAUAAUUCCAAGUUUGAGGAAUGGUGUAUUGAAAUGGCUGAGAUGCGUAAGCAAAGUGUGGAUAAAGGAAAAGCAAAACACGAAGAGGUUAAGGAGCUGUACCAAAGGUUACCUGCUGGAGCUGAGCCAUAUGAGUUUGUCUCCCUGGAAUGGCUUCAGAAGUGGCUGGAUGAGUCGACACCCACCAAGCCUAUUGAUAAUCAUGCUUGCCUGUGCUCCCACGACAAGCUUCACCCUGACAAAAUUUCAAUUAUGAAGAGAAUAUCUGAGUAUGCUGCUGACAUUUUCUACAGUAGAUACGGAGGAGGCCCAAGACUAACUGUGAAAGCCCUGUGUAAGGAAUGUGUAGUUGAGCGCUGUCGUGUAUUACGCCUGAAGAACCAGCUAAAUGAAGAUUACAAAACUGUUAAUAAUCUUCUAAAAGCAACAGUAAAGGGCACUGAUGGAUUUUGGGUGGGGAAAUCCUCCUUGCGGAGUUGGCGCCAGCUAGCGCUUGAGCAACUAGACGAACCAGAUGGUGAAGCAGACCAAAGCAACGGGAAAGUGAACGGCAGCACCUUCAGUAAAGAUGAAUCAAAGGAAGAAAGAAAAGAAGAGGAGGAGGAAUUAAAUUUUAAUGAAGACAUUUUGUGUCCACAUGGGGAGUUGUGCAUAUCAGAAAAUGAAAGAAGACUUGUUUCUAAAGAGGCUUGGAGCAAACUGCAACAGUACUUCCCGAAGGCUCCUGAGUUUCCAAGUUACAGAGAGUGCUGCUCCCAGUGCAAGAUAUUAGAAAGAGAAGGUGAAGAAAACGAAGCCUUACAUAAGAUGAUUGCCAACGAGCAAAAGACUUCUCUUCCGAAUCUCUUCCAGGACAAAAACCGACCAUGUCUCAGUAACUGGCCAGAGGAUACGGAUGUCCUCUAUAUUGUGUCCCAGUUCUUUGUAGAAGAAUGGCGGAAAUUUGUUAGAAAGCCUACCAGAUGCAGCCCUGUGUCAUCAGUUGGGAACAGUGCCCUUCUAUGUCCCCAUGGGGGACUCAUGUUUACAUUUUCUUCUAUGACCAAAGAAGAUUCUAAACUUAUAGCUCUCAUAUGGCCCACCGAGUGGCAAAUGAUUCAAAAGCUCUUUGUUGUGGAUCAUGUAAUUAAAAUCACAAGAAUCGAAGUGGGAGACGCAAACCCUUCAGAGAAACAGUAUAUUUCUGAGCCUAAACUCUGUCCAGAAUGCAGGGAGGGCCUGCUGUGCCAGCAGCAGAGGGACCUGCGUGAGUACACUCAAGCCACCAUCUAUGUCCACAAAGUUGUGGACAAUAAAAAGGUGAUGAAGGAUGCCGCACCGGAGCUGAACGUGAGUAGUUCUGAAACAGAGGAGGACAAGGAAGAGGCCAAACCAGAUGGAGAGAAAGAUCCAGAUUUUAAUCAAAGUAAUGGAGGAACCAAGCGGCAGAAGAUAUCACAUCAGAAUUACAUAGCCUAUCAAAAGCAAGUCAUCCGGCGGAGCAUGCGACAUAGAAAAGUUCGUGGCGAGAAAGCUCUAAUCGUUUCUGCUAAUCAAACAUUAAAAGAAUUGAAAAUUCAGAUCAUGCACGCAUUUUCAGUUGCUCCUUUUGACCAGAAUUUGUCAAUCGAUGGAAAGGUUUUAAGUGACGACUGUGCCACCCUGGGGACCCUUGGUGUCAUUCCUGAGUCUGUGAUUUUAUUAAAGGCGGAUGAACCAAUUGCAGAUUAUGCUGCAAUGGAUGAUGUCAUGCAAGUUUGUAUGCCAGAAGAAGGGUUUAAAGGUACUGGUCUACUUGGACAUUAAUCUUUGAACACUUGCAGACACCAAGAAAUGACCAGAGGGGAAGAGGAAUUUGACUUUAGGGCAUUAAAGAAAAGGUGGAUUUAAGGAUUAAACCAUUACAUGACUCUUCCAAAAGGCAAAAUCCAUCUAAAAGCGACUGUCCCAAAUGCCUUAUGUCAAAUAAAGCAGAUUGCACUGAUGGACAUCAAACUUAAAGGAAAUGUUUCAAAUUUUAUAUUUAAGGGGGGCGGUGGCAGGGAGGGGUGAGGAAAGACUGAACAAGUUUAGUAGCCGUAACAGUAAAUCAUGUUUACAAAGGAGAUCUGUAGUCAAGGCGGGAAUGAAGUUCUCUUCUACUUCUUGCUCAAGUUCCAUGCAGAUGCGCUGGUCCAGAAAGGAUUUGUGUCACAGUAGAUGGGACAACAUUCUGCUCAAGUGAUUCUUUAGAGACGUAACCUGCUUAUCAAUACCUGUCUUUGACUCCUAUCGUACUUUCAAUAAAGCAUGAAAGUGAAGAACUU